AUGGCUGGAGCCACGCGGGAUAGGCGUCUGGUCAAGGAGCUAGGCAAGAUGCACAAGGAUGGAAUGCCUCCUGGUAUCACAUUGAUAGAGCGAAACGACAGUGUUGCCGGCGACUGGUUCGUCGACAUCCAAGUGCUUGACGAGAAUCCACUUUACAAAGAUCAAAUCUACCGCCUCAAGUUUCACUUCCCCAAGAUGUAUCCCAUAGGCACGUCACCUUUGAUGUCUUGUCCUUGCAAAGAUGCUAACCGGUCUACAGAACCGCCAGAGGUUACCUUCGACAAGCAAACCGACCGUCCGAUCCCAAUGCACCCUCACAUAUACUCCAACGGCAUCAUCUGCCUUGAUUUGUUAGGCCAACAGGGCUGGAGUCCUGUUCAAAGUGUUUCCAGCGUCUGUAUGAGCAUUCAAAGCAUGUUGACGAGCAACGACAAGGACGAACGCCCUCCUGGUGACGAAGACUUUGUGCGAGGCAACAGACAACGACCCCGAGACAUCGAGUUCCUCUACCACGAUAAUACCGUCUAG